CGGACAAAAGGAGGUAAUAGGUACUAGGUAGAUUCGCGGGCUCUACUGAUAAAAAUUACCAUGCCCGUGUCAUAACUCAUAAUUACUCCAAUUCAUCAGCACGGCCCAAACUAAAAAAAAAAAAAAGAAGCUCCAAAAUCCAAAAGUCCAAAACCCGGUAUCUCAUGAAAAAAGCAGGCGGGAGAAAAAUGAAAUGAAAUUGCAAUUCAAAUGGUAGUAAAAUCAAAGGAAUCUCACUUCCCACCUUCCCCCAUUUCAAUUUUUCAUCCUCCCUCUUCUUCUUUCUCUCUCCUCCCACCACUGUCAAUUCUCACUAACAUUCGCCCUAAACUCCUCUUUUAGGGCGAAUUCUAUUCUAAUUUUACCCCUUUUUUUUUUCCAUCUUUUAUUGAACCCUAAUUCUUCCCCUAAUUUAUUCAAUUCAAUCAGUGAUUGAGAGAGUAGGGCUGGCUCACUGGCUGUGAUCUUGGUUAUAUAGUAUGGCUAAAGUUGCCAAAGCUGUUGCUGCUCCUGGUUCUUUGUCUUCGGAUUCGGUUCAUUUUUGUGGGGGUGCCAUGAAUGCUCGUCCUCUUCUUAAGCGAAAGACACCGUCCGAAUUGCGAGGAGAGCAAUUGAAGAGAAGAAUAGCAGUGGAGCUUGCACAUGAAUCAGCUGCUCCUUCAGAAAAUACCAAUGUCGAUUCUGAGAAUAUUAAGAGACAAGGCCCAAAGAAUACAAGAUACAUAGACAAGCGUUUAGAUGAAGUAUAUCCUACCAGAAAACCAACCAGCAGGUUCAACGUGCUCUCUGGAAAAUCAAUUCUGAAGGAAAAUCAAGUUGUUCAGGAAAAGAAUGGAUUGAAGGGUUCUUUUUCUUCACAUUUGACCCCCAAGAAUCACCAAGAGCUUAAUGGCAGUGCAAGUGUAUCUGUUGCAAAUGCUACUGACUGUGUUUUACGGCAGUGUGAAACUGGUGAGAAAGGCACUCAAAACAGGUUUCGUAGUGUAGCUGAGCUUUCACUUGGUAGUGACAGAUUUACAGAGCUGGGCACAGUUGAUGUGGACAAAGCAUUGAAAGGAUUAGCUGCUCACGAGACUUCUGGUUCUUGCUCUCCGUCAAACUCAUCUGGAAAGUCUGGGGAUGUGAAAUCCACCUCUUUAGGGAAUUGUAGUUCAGAAAUAAAUAUUCCUGGAGUAAAGGUUCCUCUUGAUUUCACUCUGAAAACAACAAUGCGCAUAGUGUCCUCUUCACCAGUGGAUAGAUUUCACAAGUUAUUUAUGGGUGGCACUUACUGUGGAAUGACGUCUUUUGCAUCUAAAUUUGGCUACUCUGGCAAUGGAAGUAUCAGUUCUACCUCAAAUAAUCCAACCUCUGCGGAUCCUUAUAGCUUUCAGUCAUGGAUAUACCCGCAGUCUUCAUUGCCAGCUUCUGUAAUAUCAGUAUUGAGCUCAUCUACAGGAGGAGCUGAGAUGGAUUUUUUGGAUAAACGCCAACUGGCUUGGGAGGAUUCUUUUAGAAGCCUCUAUUACAUGCUACGUAAGAGUGGGUGCAAUGUUUUCUAUGUUUGUACGUCACAGUUUGUGGUGGUCUUCACUGCUGUUGAAGGCACGGGGAAUGUCAAACGUACAUGCAAUGCAUACAUUUCUCAAUCAACAAGAGGAUUAAGGUCCUUGUUGAAGGAGCAUGAUAUCAGCUUCACUAUGCCUCUGUGUUGUACUGAAGUGGAGCAGAUAAGUAGGGAAGACUUGGUUGAGCUAUCGGAGAUUGAGAAGCAUAACUUAGGACAGGCUAAACGGUUUAGUUCGAUGCCUGACGUGGACAACAGUCCAAAAUCUUUGUUGGCUUUCAAUGGAAAUCAUAGUGUUCAUGGCCUAUAUGAUUUUCUAUUAAAUUAUAGAUCAUUGCUGACUAUGCUGAGCAGUAUGGACGUACCGGUGCUGUGUGCUCCCGCUCCUUUUCUUAAUGCUGCUCUUUCUUCUCCACAGGUGAAGUGCAAAGAGAUAAAGAGGGUUGAUGCUUUGCAGUCAAAAGGGCUGGUGAGUAAAGAUGGGGAGUCAAUUGAUGGUCCAAAGAGUGGUGUCUGCUACAGUAUUGAAGUAAAGGAUCCAUAUCUUCCUCCAUGGAUAAUUAGUGCCAUAUGCUCGGCUAUGAGCUCUGAGGGGAAGAGUUAUGAGGCAAUCUUUGUGACAGACCCUAAUUCGGCAGGAUUGAAUGCUGCUCUUGAAGCAGUGAGCCAAAAUUCCAACACUGAUGAGACAAUUGGAGACUCACAAGAAGAUACCUAUACGUUUGGUAUCUCAGCAGCUGUGGCAAAUUCAGGCUUAUGUUCUGCUUCUUUGAAGGCUUUGAAGUAUUCUAAUGGAUCUUAUGUAGCUUCUCUUUCUCCUGUUUGAAACCCAAGUUGAACAUUUUCUCUCUAUUGGGAGGUAGUGAGGCCGGUGUUUGAUGGUCUCCCUUUUGGUCUGUUACACACUUUUCUGAAAGAUGUACUCCUUUUCGUGUGUAUAAUGUAUACAGUACAAUUAUGUGUUAAGAUGAUCCUCAAAAGACAAGGGGUCAAAAAUUAUGAUCAACCUGAAACUUACAAAUGGAUAUUAGACUUCAUUUCUGUUUUGGUAAA